GCUUUGACCGACUCGCAACUGAUUUUGGACCUCACCAUAACAUCAACACGUCACGUCUCAGUCACAACAAAUUCUACCUCAAUCGGAUUUCUUGCGACAUAUCCUUUUUUGCAGAAAUCGACAAACGAGAAGACUAGUGAAAAAGAGACACGAAACCACGCGCCACCACGACGCCGCGACCAUGGCGCCCGUCGAGAGUCCAACCCACGACGAACUCGAGCAACAGCUCAAAGACACGAUCCAAGACCUCUACCAAAUCAUGCUCCAAGUAACAACCUACACAACAACACCCACGCACAACUCGGCCCAAGCCCUCCAAAACUCCCUCCAGACCUUCACCCUCGACCUCCAAGCCAUCCACAACACAGCCGUCGCCGGCGCCCCGCCAUCCACCACCGCGUUCCCCCCGCCGCCCGGCUCCCACAUCCCCCCCGGCGCGCCCGUCCUGUACCCGCCCGAAGUCCCGCCGACGGAAGAGGGCGCGCUGCAGACGCGGGGCGCGCUGCCGAGCAUCCCGCGCGAGCUGGUGCAGUACGUCGAGAACGGGCGCAACCCGGACAUUUACACGCGCGAGUUCGUCGAGCUGGUAAGGCGGGGGAACCAGCUCAUGCGGGGCAAGAUGAGGGCGUUCGCGGCACUGAGGGAUACGCUUGCGGGCGAGAUGAGGCAGGCUAUGCCGGAGGUGGCGGCGGAUGUUGCGCGGGUUGUGGAGAUGACGAGUCCUGACGGUGCGGCGCAGGGUGGUGCUGGUCAGGGCGGCGGAGGAGGAGAGGGAAGAAGUCGGCAGGGUUCUGUGACUCGGAACGCGGGACCGAGGUCAGGAGUGGGAGGAGGGCCCGGGGAAGCUGGGGGACAUGCUUCGCAGGGGGGCUGAAGGGGUGGAGUUGAGGCAGCAGCCGCAUGGAAUUCUACAGGAAAUUUCUGGCGUGGAAUGGGAGAAAGCAAAAGUCGGGGAAACGGAGUCCUUUAAUCCCUGACAUUGCGUGACCCUGGGGAGGGACGAAGUCGACCAGCAAGAGGAGUUGCAACAGAAGAGCAUAUACCCAGUUGAGCAACCGAAAAGCGCAUGCAUGAUAUUAUUAUACCUUAGACACCAGUACGAAGCAUAAGUUAUCACAAGCAAAUCAAGAUAAGAGGCCCCGG